UCCCUCCUCUCCGAAUCAUUAAUCUCCCCUCCUCCAGACUUCACAUCCGGUUCACCCGCUAGUAGCCUAUCUUCUGUGUCUUGCCUGUGUGUGUGUGUGUGACGGCCUGAUUCUCCACCGAGCUGUACUGCAGACCCCCUACCUGAACGCGCUGCGUGCUAGACGGAUACUACGCCUGGCGUGCAUCGGUGAUGGAGGUACCGUCGGCGCUCUGAUCUGGUGGUGGGAGCCGAUCUGUAUGACACAAAGGCCGGGAUGAGACGAUAGGCUAUCGGAUGGGCGCCCCGGUUUGGUGAUACUCGCUCAACGAUGUCCAAGAGCCUGACGAAAAAAAAUCACUGGACCAACAAAGUCCACGAAGCGGUCGUCACCAGGAGCAUAGAGGGAGAAUUUGGCUUCGAGCUGAAGGGGGGCGCGGAGAUUGGGCAGUUCCCCUACUUCGGGGAGGUGAAACAAGGAAAAGAAACCGUCCAGAGCGGCAAGCUGGCCCAGGAUGAGUUGCUGCUUGAGGUCAACGACACGCCGGUGGCCGGGCUCACCACCCGGGAUGUUCUGGCUGUCAUCAAACACGGCAAAGAUCCCAUACGCUUCAAGUGUGUCAAACAAGGGGGCAUGGUGGAUAAGGACCUCCGGCACUACCUCAAUCUGCGCUUCUCCAAGGGAUCCGUGGACCACGACCACCAGCAGAUCAUCAGAGACAACCUCUACCUCCGCACCGUACCCUGUACCACCAGGCUGCCAAAGGAGGGAGAGGUGCCGGGGGUGGACUAUAACUUUGUGAGCGUGGAGCGCUUUAUGGAACUGGAGCAAAGCGGAGCCCUGCUAGAGAGUGGAACCUAUGAAGAGAACUUGUACGGUACUCCCAAGCCCCCAGCCGAGCCCAGUCCGGCGGCCCCUCCCUUGAAUGUGAGUGAGGCGCUGCUGCCCGGAGCCUGGCCCAGCGCCCAGGGCAAGAGGAAGAGGAACCAGUCGGUUAGCAACAUGGAGCAGCGAGCCAGCCUGGAGCUGCCUGAGGAGGAGGACUGCAGCCCUCCCGUGGUCAACGAGAAUGGCGUGGCCAUUACGCCAGAGUCAAGCGAGCAUGAGGACAAGAGCACGGAUGUGUCUGAGGAGGUGUCUAUGAUGGAUGUCCUCACCCUUCCCCCUCCCUUCACUGAGCCCCCCACAGAGGGAGAGGAGUCCCCCGAGCGGGAACCCCCCAAAUCGCCCCCCAAACUCCCCAAAGGAGAUGAGGAGGAACUGGGACCCCUACCCGACAACUGGGAGAUGGCCUACACUGAGAAAGAAGAGGUCUACUUCAUAGAUCACAACACUAAAACCACGUCAUGGCUGGAUCCUCGGCUGGCAAAGAAGGCCAAACCACCUGAGGAGUGCAAAGAGGAUGAACUGCCGUAUGGCUGGGAGAAGAUCGAUGACCCUAUCUAUGGCAGUUACUACGUAGACCACAUCAACAGAAGGACUCAGUUUGAGAACCCUGUCCUGGAGGCCAAGAGACGACUGGAGCAGCAGCAGGAGAUGCAGAACCAGGGACUGCCAGCUCUGCCUUUACCUACUAUAUACAGAGAGAAGCCCCCAUUCACGAGGGACCCCACCCAGCUGAAGGGCUCCUUUCUGUCCACGGCUCUCCAGAAGAGCAACAUGGGCUUUGGCUUCACCAUCAUUGGAGGGGAUGAACCGGAUGAGUUCCUGCAGGUCAAGAGUAUCAUACCCGAGGGCCCCGCUGCACAGAACCAGAAAAUGGACACAGGUGAUGUCAUCGUCUACAUCAAUGACAUCUGCUGCCUGGGCACCACUCACGCCGAUGUGGUCAAACUCUUCCAAUCUGUUCUCAUUGGACAAAGCAUCACCCUGGUCCUCUGCCGGGGUUACCCCCUGCCUUUUGACCCCGAGGACCCCAGCGGGGCAUCCGCCGGAAACUCCCUGACCCCCAUUGGCAUGGAACACCACCCCAUGGUGGUGAACGGGCGUAGCAGCUACAACCAUUACCUGGAGUACCUCUCCCUGAGCUCUCAGCUCCCUUCGCAGGCUCUAACUCAGCCAGGGGCACCCCACCCUGGGGACACCCACCUGGAUGGGUCCUCAUUACCGCUCACCAACCCUGGGUCCGCUCCGGCCGUGACGCCGCGCGACGACAAUGUCUCCAUGGUGUCGUCAGGGGCGACGGGGAUCACCGGGGGCGUGAUCCAGGGGGCGGAGCUGCUGACGGUGACUAUGGUGAAGAGGGCAGAGGGGUUCGGGUUCACCAUCGCCGACAGCCCCACGGGGCAGCGGGUCAAACAGGUGUUGGAGCCGGUUGUGCAGGACGGAGUGGGUCUGAAUGAAGGAGACUUGAUCGUGGAGGUGAACCAGCAGGGUGUGGCGGGGGCAAGACACGGCCGUGUGGUGGAGCUGCUCAAAGAGUGUCCUGUCGGAGCCGAGGCCACGCUACUCAUACAGAGAGGAGGAGGGGAAGGUCACCUCUCUCCAUGGAAGACCUCCAAACAGAUACCAGAGCAGUGGGACCCCCAUGGAAGUCCCCAGACUUGCUUGUCAGCCCCAGUGCUUCCCCCGGGCACACCCUUCUCUACCCAGCCACAGCAUCACACCUCGGUCCCCGACUCCACGGAGGGCUUCGACCUCAACAAACCCGACCCAUAUGACCUCUAUGAGAAGUCCAGGGCCAUCUACGAGAGUAGACGUCCAGAGUACCAGGAGGUGGAAGUUCACCUGUUGAGGGAGAAGACUGGGUUUGGCUUCCGCAUCCUGGGGGGAGACGAGGCCGUGCAGGCUAUUGUGAUUGGGGCGAUCAUAGAGAACACUCCUGCAGAGCGCGAUGGGCGUCUUCGACCUGGGGACGAGCUCAUCUCCGUGGAUAAAAUGGUGGUUGCUGGGAAGCCACACAGAUACGUGAUCGACCUGAUGCACGCCGCUGCACACAAUGGUCAGGUCAGCCUGAAGGUCCGGAGGAGAGUCCACUUCUUCAGUGAGGUGUUAGGGGUGAAUGGCCGUAGCCCUGGCUACGUGUCCACGCAGCAGAAUUCCCCGCGCAGCGACGCCGCCUCAGCUUCCUGUCCCGUAACCCCCGGCAAUGUCCCACCACCAUCCACCACCUCCCCUCCGGAGGGCACCGUCCCCCUGCAUACCAGUGAUGUCAUCAUCCACCGCAAAGAGAACGAGGGCUUCGGCUUUGUCAUCAUCAGCUCGCUGAACCGACCGGAGAACACAGCUGUCAUCACUGUGCCCCACAAGAUUGGGCGUAUCAUCGAGGGCAGCCCAGCGGAUCGCUUUGGCUGCCUGAAGGUUGGCGACCGGAUCCUGGCCGUCAACGGGCAGUCCAUCAUCAGCAUGCCCCACGCUGACAUCGUCAAGCUCAUCAAAGACGCCGGACUCAUCGUCACCCUGCACAUCAUACCGGAGGAAGAUCCCCACUCGAGGCCCAGCUCAGAAAAGCAGAGCCCCAUGACCCAGAAACACAGCCCCCAGGCCCAGCCCAGCCCCAUAGUCAACCAGCCCAGCCAAGGAGCAUCCCAGCCGGGUCAUGCACCAGCCCAGCCGGGACAGACAACCACCACCCAGGAAGGCCCAGCACCACCAGCUCUGCCCGGCCAAACACCAGACCAGCCAGGCCAAGAACCAGCAGCAGCCACGCAGCCUACCCCAGGAGCGGCCGCCCAGCCCAGCCCGGCAGGCACCCAGCAGAGCUCGGUCGCCCAGCCACCCGGCCACCCUCCCCCGCUCUACCUCCACGACGGCAGGUCAGAGGUGAAAGCCAGGCAGGACGUGAAACCGGAUAUCCGUCAGGCUCCGUUUACCGACUACCGGCAGCCCCCCGUCGACUACCGGCACCCUCCGGUGGCUGAUUACCGGCAGCCGCCCACACUGGAUUAUCGUCACCCUCCUCCCCUCAUCGACUACAGACAACACUCGACAACACUCGCUGCACAGUUCCCUCUCGCACAGUUUCCACCUGACUUCAGACCACAGGACUUUGACUACUUCACGGUAGAGCUGGAGAAGAGUGUGAAGGGUUUUGGCUUCAGUAUCCGUGGGGGACGGGAGUACAAGAUGGAUCUGUUUGUUUUGCGACUUGCAGAGGAUGGGCCAGCCAUCCACAAUGGCAGAAUGAGGGUGGGGGAUCAAAUCAUUGAGAUAAAUGGCGACAGUACCCGGGACAUGACUCAUGCCCUGGCCAUUGAGUUGAUCAAGGCGGGGUGCAGGCGGGUGAGACUGUUGCUAAAGAGAGGCACGGGACAAGUGCCUGAGUAUGGUGGGUCUCCCCCCAAAUAAACCCCCAUCUUAAUUUUUUCUCUCUCUUUCCCUCUCUCACUUUAUAAUUUUUCUCUCUCUAUGAUUAUAUCUUUCUUUCUCAAUCUCUUUUUGGUUGACAAUCUCUCUCUUGUGCUAGUUUAAAAAAAAAAUCUCUCUUGUUUCCCCAUCAUCUCUCUCUCUCUCUCUCUCUCUCUCUCUCUCUCUCUCUCUCUCUCUGUGUGUUUCAAUAAAAUUCAAAGUGCUUUAUUGGCAUGGGAAACAUAUGUUCACAUUGCCAAACCAAGUGAAAUAGAUAAUAAACAAAAGUGAAAUAUACAUUAAAUAAUGAACAGUAAACAUUACACUCACAAAAGUUCAAAAGGAAUAGAGACAUUUCAAAUGUGAUAUUAUGGCUAAAUACAGUGUGGUAACGAUGUGCAAAUAGUUAAAGUAAAAAAGGGAAAAUAAAUAAACAUAAAUAUGGGUUGUAUUUACAAUCGUGUUUGUUCU